AUGUCUCCUGUGAGAGGCCAUGGCGUCCAUCGAGCGGUUGGGAUCUGCUGCUUUGGGUUAGCCAUGAGAAUCGGACUGUCUCUUUCUGGCCUACAGCCGAUGCUAGCGGGUGCGAUGGAGCUUGUCGUGUCUUCCACGUCCUGGGAGCGGGCACAGGAAGGAUAUUUCCUGGGAACCCUGGAAACCCAGCUGGAGGAGUGGAUGGACGAAGACUCAAAGCCUCCGACGGACGACCCGAUCUCUUCAACAAGCAUCGCGGUGGAAUCUAACCUCGCCGGCGGUGCAAACACAAAGCGGCAGACGGGAAACGCCGCUGUAUCCCGUGGAAACCCCACAGGUGUUUCUUCGGCCGGUGCGGGUGGCGUUGCGUGGGACCUCCCCGAUGUCGUUCUCGCGGCCUACCUGCUUAACCCCGUUAUUGCCGGCCAGUGCGCCGCCCUGUCGGGCGACGUGCUAGGGCGCGUGUUCCCCUUAGCCGCGCUGGCGGCCGCAGGGUCUCGGCGACCGGGAGUCACUGCCGGAGCCCUUGCGGCGGCCGCCUGUCUUUGGCGCUUUUACGCCGCGCCGCUGCUACUGCCGGCGGCCCUGAUGCUUGGGACUUUUUCCUGCGGGAGCGCCGGAGCCGCGACGAACAAGGCUGGCGGUAAGAAAGCAGCAGCGUUCGACCCUCGGUCCCUGAAGGUCGACGGCAAGGCGUUCCUCCGUCUUUCUGCGGCGUUCGCGGCGUGGUGCGCGGCCAUCCUUGGGGUGUGUUGGCUGGCCACGUCUGGAUCAUGGGCGUUCUUGUGGGCGGCGGCGAGGGGCCAGCUUUUGUGCGAAGAUCUUACCCCUAACAUCGGGCUGUACUGGUACUUCUUUGCGGAGGUGUUUCCGAGGUUCCGCGGGUUCUUUCGCGUCCUGUUCCUGUCUCAGCCCUACGUGUAUGUCCUCCCCGCCACGCUGAGGCUCGGCAUGUUCCCUGAGGCACUGGCGUCGCUCGUGCUGGCUAUCUUCGGGCUUUUCCAGCCGUACCCCACCCUGGUCGAUCCGAUGCUGGCGGGGUGCCUUUUCCUGUGCCACCCCCGCACCUCCGCCCGCAUGCGGCUCGUGAUUCCCGUGGGGAUGGCAGCCCUGGUGCCGGCCUUGCUGCUGCCGACGAUGCGCCACUUGUGGCUGCAGGCGGGCACCGGCAACGCCAACUUCUACUACUUUCAGACGGUGGGGCUCAACGUGCUUCUCGCCGUGUUCGUGCUGCAGUUCGCCGCUGCACUAGUCAAGAGGCGAAAGGCGCUGACGAUGGCGUUCGAGAAGCGGAGAAAAGCUCAAGCUGCAGCGGCAGGGACCGGGGGUGGGGCAGCGGUAGCAUUCAAGGGGGAUUCCUGACGAUGUGGGAGGGAUGGUGUGCCCGGAUUUUUGGCCAUGGCUCUUCUCUAUUGUAAGGGUACACCUUCUCUUCGUAUUGAGCACUGUUGUCCGGGAUGGGGGAAGGACAGCCAUGCGUUGAUUCAGUUGACGGAAUACGAUUCAACAACUACUGCUGUGUUUAGUGCUUUGGAGGAAAUGCCGAAGGGGGUCGGUUGGUCCGAUUAAGCCUAAUAUUAUAAGCA